CCCGAAGUUAAAAAUAACAUCACCUCUCACUGUUAUUCCGGCCACCACCGUGAUCCCAAUCCCCGCCACAAUGAACGACGACCACUCCACCACCGGACUAACACUCUCUAAAACAGAAACCAUCCAAUCAUUUCUAUCCACGUCAACAAACAACGCCCGCCUCUCUUCACACCUCCGUGAACUCGCUUCAUCUCUAUCUCACCAACCCACUUCAUCUGUCCCUUACAACUCUUUCCGCUCCAUCUGGGUCGCAUCCGAUCCUUUAACACGACCCGAUUUACGAUCCCUGUUAUCCGGGUCAAACUUUAUCCUUAACAGCCCACAACCUCGUGAAAAGAGUGAGGAGUUGAAAGCAAGGCUAAGGAAAUUUGAGGAAGCAGCCGAAAGGAAAGCAUAUAAGGAGCUGGUGAAGGAUAUUACACCAAAAAGGGAUGAAAGUGAGCCGUUUUCUUCAUACAAGGAUCAAAUAGGCUUUGGUUUGCAUGUCGCUCUUACGAUGUUUACAUGCUAUUUGGUUGGAUAUUAUACAUUCAGAGCAUUGUUUGGCCAUAGUCCAGUAAUGCAUGCUGCUGGAGGGAUCCUUGGAUUGGUCUUGGGCAUGCUUGUAGAAACGGUUCUUUUUAUAAUAAGAACUAACAGCCAGGAUCGUAAGACCACAUAUACAGCUUCUAAGCUAAAGAAGGAUCAAUAAAUAUCCGAUUCUUCAUAGGAAACAAGGAGCACAUUUGUUCAUUACCCACUUUAGCAAUACGCUGGUGUUGCUUGGGGGGUUUUAUUAGAGAUCCUUAAAUUACGAUGAAGCGUCAUGCAGAUACCCCACUUCUUUUCUGGAGAGAAAAUAACAGGCGAAAUAUGAUGCUACAAAAUAUAGUUAUGUACCUACGUUUUGCCCUCUUGAACAUUUUUGGUUGUUUCGAUAAAUUGUUUUCCUUCAAACGUUGGUGUUUAUGGGCAUCAUAUUAUGAUCAAUUUGUAUGAAUUAUAGAUCUAUGUACAUUUGGACAACAAAAACAAAAUUUAGAACAAAGUAUCAGAACA